GGGGCUGACUGCUUUAGCUUCCUCAGAGGGCCUUCUAGAGUAGUGUGCUGUAAAGUGCCCACUGUACACCCAGCCUUCCCAGCCAUUCCCAGGGUGACGACUCAGCAUGGCUCAGGCCUCAGGGAUGGACCCACUUGUGGACAUCGAGGACGAGAGACCCAAAUGGGACAACAAACUUCAGUACCUCCUGAGCUGCAUCGGCUUUGCUGUGGGGCUGGGGAACAUAUGGCGGUUCCCCUACCUGUGCCAUACCCACGGGGGAGGGGCCUUCCUCAUCCCCUACUUCAUCGCCCUGGUCUUUGAGGGGAUCCCGCUUUUCUACAUUGAGCUUGCCAUUGGCCAGCGCCUACGGAGGGGAAGCAUUGGCGUAUGGAAGACCAUCUCCCCCUACCUUGGUGGAGUAGGCCUGGGCUGCUUCUCAGUGUCCUUCCUGGUCAGCCUGUACUACAACACCAUUCUCCUGUGGGUCCUGUGGUUCUUCCUCAACUCCUUCCAACACCCACUGCCCUGGAGCACAUGCCCAUUGGAUCUCAACAGAACAGGAUUUGUGCAGGAAUGCCAGAGCAGUGGCACCGUGAGCUACUUCUGGUACCGGCAGACUUUGAAUAUUACGUCUGACAUCAGCAACACAGGCACUAUCCAGUGGAAGCUGUUUCUCUGCCUGGUGGCCUGCUGGACAACUGUGUACCUGUGUGUCAUCAGAGGCAUUGAGAGCACGGGGAAGGUGAUCUACUUUACAGCCCUAUUUCCUUACCUGGUGCUAACCAUCUUCCUCAUCAGAGGUCUGACUCUGCCCGGAGCAACAGAGGGCCUAACUUACCUGUUUACUCCCAAUAUGAAGAUUCUUCAGAAUCCACGGGUGUGGUUGGACGCAGCCACCCAGAUUUUCUUCUCCCUGUCCCUGGCCUUCGGAGGGCAUAUUGCUUUCGCAAGUUACAAUCAACCCAGGAACAAUUGUGAGAAGGACGCCGUGACUAUUGCCCUGGUCAACAGCAUGACCUCCCUGUAUGCAUCCAUCACCAUCUUUUCCAUCAUGGGGUUCAAGGCAUCCAAUGACUAUGGGAGGUGCCUGGACAGAACUUUCCUGGAACAUUGGAACAUAUGCUGGAUCAUAGAGCAUCCAGUCCCGUCCUCACUGGCCUUUUCCUGCUCCUGCAGAAAUAUUUUGAGCCUCAUCAAUGAGUUCGACUUUCCAGAGCUUAGCAUCUCCAGGGAUGAGUACCCAUCUGUCCUCAUGUACCUGAAUGCCACUCAGCCUGAGAGGGUGGCCCGACUUCCCCUGAAGACCUGCCAUCUGGAAGAUUUCCUGGAUAAGAGUGCCUCGGGCCCGGGCCUGGCCUUCAUCGUUUUCACAGAAGCUGUCUUGCACAUGCCCGGAGCUUCUGUGUGGUCUGUGCUCUUCUUUGGGAUGCUGUUCACACUGGGCCUGUCCUCCAUGUUUGGGAACAUGGAGGGUGUCAUCACACCACUAUUUGACAUGGGGAUCUUACCCAAAGGUGUACCCAAGGAGACCAUGACCGGGGUGGUCUGCUUUAUCUGUUUCCUCUCAGCCAUUUGCUUCACACUGCAGUCUGGAAGCUACUGGCUGGAGAUCUUUGACAGUUUUGCAGCUUCUCUGAAUCUGAUCAUCUUCGCCUUCAUGGAGGUGGUGGGCGUCAUUCACGUUUAUGGGAUCAAGCGGUUCUGUGAUGACAUUGAGUGGAUGACUGGGCGGCGGCCCAGCCUGUACUGGCAGGUGACAUGGAGGGUGGUGAGCCCUAUGCUGCUGUUUGGCAUCUUCCUGUCCUACAUUGUCCUUCUGGCUCAGUCAUCACCCAGCUACAAGGCCUGGAACCCCCAAUAUGAACAUUUUCCCUCAAGAGAGGAGAAGCUCUAUCCAGGCUGGGUACAGGUUACCUGUGUGCUCCUGUCCUUCCUGCCCUCACUGUGGGUCCCUGGAAUUGCUCUGGCUCAGCUACUGUUCCAGUACAGACAGAGGUGGAAGAACACACAUCUGGAAAGUGCUCUGAAGCCACAGGAGAGCAGAGGCUGCUGAGACAGAGCCAGGGUAGAUCAGGGUUGGGAGGAAGACCUGUGCCACUCCGAUGCAGCCUCAUUACACUCUGUCUACGACUGAGACCACGUGAUUAUUGCUUUCCUAGCUUUCCGUAUAGUGGAAGACUCAUAGAUUCAGGGCAAUUGUGUAUUGCCCAGUGGAUGUCUGUGUGAUGCCAUUCCUCUGAAGCUAGGUCCCACAGGGUGCCGUCUGCAUGGACAUGGCUUUUCCCUAGAAUCCAUGCAGAUUUGGGUUGUCCCGAGUGUACUUCAUUGGCACAGUGGCAAGACUGUGGAAACCUUUUCUCUGAAUGGCCUUGGCAUUACUAAUUUUAGAAAUCCAGCCCUAUGCUGGUCUUCAAAGAAAAGCUGGAACCUGACAGGUGGGAAACUUCUUCCUCCUCCCAUAUUAUCCUGGUGUUACCAUGUCUAUAAAGAGACCCUCGGGUGCAGAUA